AUGUCUGAAUUUAUUAACGAGAACCCGGAUGUUAUAGAUAGUGACGAACUACCAUCCAGAAAGGAAAACAUCACUGGUGAUUUAUUAUUAAGUGGAAUAAGUAAUGAAACAACUUUACAAAGAAAGAAGUUGUUACUUUCUAUUGAUAACUCUAAGUCCAAGGUCCUUCAAAACAUUGAAUUACUAGAUAAGCUGCUCUUAAUAAAUCCGCCAGAAUUGACAUCUGAUGAGGAAUCUAUAGAGGAAUCAGAUGAUGAAGAUGAUGCAUAUGGUAAUACCGAUCCAAAAGAUGUAGUUGACACACAAGAAAUAUACGAUCUCACGGCACAUAUUUCUGACCCAGAACAUCCAUUAAGUUUGGGUCAACUUUCUAUCGUGAACUUACCCGAUAUUGAAGUCCAUGACUGUGGUGAUCCAAAUAAAAUGGUAGAAGUUAUCAUUAGAAUUACACCUACUAUUACACAUUGUUCUCUUGCUACAUUAAUAGGUCUUGGUAUACGGGUGAGAUUAGAAAGAGCAUUACCUCCAAGAUUUAGAAUCACUAUAUUACUAAAGAAAGGUACUCAUAAUAGUGAAAACCAAGUUAACAAACAACUAAAUGAUAAGGAACGUGUAGCUGCAGCUUGUGAAAAUGAGCAGCUUCUAGGUGUUGUGUCAAAGAUGUUAUUAACUUGCAAAUAG